AUGGCUCCAUACUUUCGCUUCACUUACAGGAGGUUGACGAUCGACGUUCGAUCCAGUAAGGCGUCAACAUGCCUGAAAUUGGAGAAGGAAAUCGCGCGGAUCGUGCAUUAUCUGAAAAAGAGUCUUGUCGGGAAGACACUUUCCACUGUCAAGGCUCAGGAUGAUGCGAAUGUAUUUGGCAAAGUCGGAACGACCGCAGCGGAGUUUCAGAAGGCCAUGGUAGGGAAGAAAGUGUUGGAUGCUGGCCAACAGGGGAAGUACUUCUGGAUGAUCAUGUCAAGCCCACCUCAUCCGGUCUUCCACUUCGGCAUGACUGGUUGGUUCCAUAUUCGAGGAGAGCCGACCAGUCAUUACCGACCCAAGGAGACAGACGAUUUGGAUAUCUGGCCGCCUAAGUUUUGGAAAUUUGCAUUGGAAACCAACAGCGAGCCAAAGGUUGAAGCAGCAUUUACAGAUGCUCGGAGAUUCGCCCGGGUUCGGCUUGUUGAUUGUGCCGCCGAAGAUAUCAGAAAGACGACGCCUCUCAAGGAAAACGGGCCUGACCCUGUCAUUGACAAGGAUGUUCUUACUGAGGACUGGUUGGUGACAAAGAUGAAGAAGAAGCAUGUUCCCGUAAAGGCUUUUAUGCUCGAUCAGGCGAAUAUCAGUGGUAUUGGCAAUUGGGUUGGAGACGAGAUUAUGUACCAUGCUAAGCUCCACCCGGAGCAGUAUACAGAUACUUUCAGCGAAUCCGAGAUUAGACAUCUUCACGCUUCGAUUCGCUAUGUCUGCCAGACUGCCGUUGACCAUUUAUCAGACUCGAGCAAGUUUCCGGAAGAGUGGUUAUUCAAGCAUCGGUGGGGAAAGGGAAAGAAAGAUGCAGCAACCACAUUACCCAACGGGGAGAAGAUCACUUUCUUGACAGUUGGUGGCCGAACAAGUUGUGUGGUUCCCAGUGUACAGAAGAAGACAGGAGCUGUUGCAGGUGAUUUAAAGAAGGAAGGUGAUGAACAGGAAAAUGGCACUGCGAAGAAGGGAGGAAGAGCAUCGAAGAAGAGAAAGGUGAAUGAGGAGGAGGAGGAUAGUGACAAUGAGAAAGUGGCGGAAGAGGAUGAAGCCCGGGAGAGCGAUCAGCCGACGAAGAAGAGGAGGGGCACUCGACGUGCUCAAAACACAGAGAAUAUCUCUGGCGAAGAUAAUCUUCCUCCGUCCAAAGAGAAGACAGCAUCUGUGGGUAAGGAAGAGGAUAUCAAGUUUGAGGCCGCAGAUAUCAAAAAUCCGAUAAAGGGAAAGGCAAAGAAGGCCAUAUCCAAACCGGCUGUAUCAUCAAAAGUCCCAAAGACGGCCAGCAAGAAGAUCAAGGUGGAAGAUCAACCACUGGAGGGAAGACGUCGUUCAGGUCGAGUUUCCAUUUUAUAUAAUACCGAAGAGCGCAAGGGAGAGCCCAGGAGGCUCUUGGAAGAUGUCGACGGCUGGGUUAUUCCAGGAACUUCAACUGCUCUCAUGGAUGUAUCGGGAGCAGGGAAAUCAACCAUUUUAGACGUACUAGCUAGUAGAACGACUAUGGGCGUUGUGAACGGGCAGAUGCUAGUUGACGGUAGAGAACGGGAUAAGGGCUUUCAGAGAAAGACUGGUUACGCCCAACAGCAAGAUCUGUAUCUAGCAACUUCAACUGUUCGAGAAGCGUUGGUUUUCUCUGCGGUUUUGCGCCAAUCUAGGAUUACCCCCUACAAAGAUAAACUAGCUUAUGUCGACGAAGUCAUCAAGAUGCUAGAGAUGGAGGCUUAUGCCGAUGCGGUCGUUGGUGUUCCUGGCGAAGGCCUGAACGUGGAGCAACGCAAACGUCUGACUAUUGGUGUCGAACUCGCGGCAAAGCCCGCUCUCCUCUUGUUCCUCGACGAGCCUACAUCGGGUCUUGAUUCGCAAACAGCUUGGUCUAUUAUCGCACUACUUCGUAAACUGGCAGACAACGGGCAAGCUAUUCUCUGCACGAUCCAUCAACCUUCUGCCAUCCUUUUCCAGGAAUUCGACCGUUUGCUCUUCCUGGCGGAGGGAGGAAAGACGGUAUAUUUUGGAGGCGUUGGAACUAAUUCAAAAACCCUCACCGAUUACUUUGAGAGGAACGGGUCGUGUAAAUUCGGCGCUGAAGAGAACCCUGCCGAGAAGAUCCUUGAGGUCAUAGGAGCUGCUCCUGGAUCUACCAGCGAGAUCGACUGGCCGAAAGUCUGGAGUGAGUCUCCAGAGCGGAAAGAGGUGAAAGCAGAACUUGCACGUAUGAAAGAAAAUCUCAGCCAAGAGCCUGUCGACGAUGACCCAAUGGCUCUAACCCAAUUCGCUGCCCUUCCCUUGAUACAAUUACGAGUCGUUCUCCUGCGAGUCUUUCAGCAAUACUGGCGCACGCCUUCGUAUCUCUACUCCAAACUUGCACUCUGUAGCUCUGUUGGCCUCUUUGUCGGUUUCUCCUUCUGGGACGCCCCGAUCUCUCUGCAAGGACUACAGAACCAGCUCUUUGCAAUCUUCAUGUUGCCAGUCGUCUUUGGUAGUCUGUCCCAGCAAAGUAUGCCACAUUUCGUGACACAAAGAUCGCUCUACGAGUCCCACGAGCGGCCAUCGAAGACAUAUUCGUGGAUUAUCUUCAUAACAUCCAACUUGAUCGUUGAGCUACCGUGGAAUACGCUUCGGGGUUUGAUUUUGUUUUGCAGCUGGUAUUAUCCUAUCGGGUUGUACCGCAACGCCGAGCCAACACAUGCGGUGCCUGAGAGAGAAGGACUCAUUUUCUUGUUCCUGUGGACAUUUGUCAUAUUUGCUGGCACAUUUACGCAUCUGGUAGUUGCUGGUAUCGAUACGGCGGAGACUGCAGGAAAUGUCGGGAACUUGCUCUUCUCUCUUUGCCUGAUCUUCAACGGUGUCCUCGCCCCAUUCGAUGCCCUACCCCGGUUCUGGAUCUUCAUGUAUCGCGUCUCUCCGUUCACAUAUCUGGAAUCUGGUAUGAUUUCCACGGGCCUAGCCAAAACAAAAGUUAUCUGCUUCUCAAUCGAAUAUCUCCACCUAAACCCUCCCGCCAGCGACACCUGCCAAAGCUUUCUCCAAAACUACACCAUGAUGGCUGGCGGCUACUUGCAAAACCCCGAAGCUAUGACAGAUUGCAGCUUCUGCCCAAUCGCGAACACGAAUGUCUUCCUGGAGUAUAUGAGCGCAAAAUACGAGGAUCGCUGGCGGAACCUGGGUCUUCUGUGGGUGUUUAUCGUGUUUAAUUGCUUUGGGGCUGUUGGGCUGUAUUGGUUAGCGAGGGUGCCGAAGAAGUCGACGAAGAGCAAACAGAAGUAA